AUGAGUGGCUCCCAGGAUGUGAUUGAGCUGCUCAGUGACGAUGAAAGUUUCUCCAAUGGUGAUGAUGAGAUGCAACUAAAGCCCGUGACCCGUCGACCCGUCAAGAUACGCGCAAUCUCCAGCGAGAGCGACAGCAAUGAGAGUAGUGACAUAAAUGAAAGGUGUCGAGGUAACAAUGAGAGCAAAGUAUCAAUGACGAGAACAAUGCAAUCUCAGCGAUCGAAAUGUGAUUCGGCUGUCCAGCAGACUGAAGUGGCACCAAUGGAUCGAUCGAGACAUGACUGUGGAAUGCGUGAGAUCACAGAAGGAAUGAGUUAUCACGAGUUGCAAGCGCAACAGCUAUUGCUUGAGAGAAUCCAGGCCCAGAAUCGGCGAAAAGGUCCCAAUGUAAGAAAGAGAGAGGACAGAAAUGAGGAUGAACGAGAAAACGAGGCUCAAAAGCAGGCAAUGAAUCACUUUCGCAAGCAUAAAGCACGUAAAGUGGCACCACAAGCACAGAUUCCAGUGCCUCCAGUGAUGGAAAAUGAAAGUGAUGAUGAAUGGCAGACGUUUGUUAAGAAGGCAGCGCAGAGAGAGGCAAUUUAUAGACAAAAGGAGAAAAACAUUGUGCAAAACAGUCGAGAUGUAAUAUGCAAGACAUCGUUUUUAAACAAUCAUCAAGAGUUGACACAAAUCACACGCGAUCGAAGACGAAGGACAUUAAAGCGAAAGAAUAAGGUGAAAUGGAAGUCUGAAAAUUGUAAAACGGGGAACAUCAAAAAAUACAAGAGUGGCUUAAGUAGAGUGGAAAGUGAAGAAGAGAGUGAAGCGGAGAGUGAAGAAGAGAGUGAAGCGGAGAGUGAAGUGGAGAGUGAAGUGGAGAGUGAGCAGAAUGAAAUGAGUAGCGAAGAGGAGGAAAGUGAUGGAAUUGAGAUGCCUCAAGUACAUGAUCAGAAGAAGGAGAAUCGAAAUUAUGAUCAGUUCAAGCGGUCUAAAGUAGCGCUUUUAAGAAAACGUCCGCGCGAAAAAAAAGUGAUAGCUACGAGCGCACACGAUGCACCGACUACCUCGCGGCUUCAUGAUACGAUCGAAACACAUCAAAUUAAAGAAAAGCUCUCCUUUACGGAAUUACAGGAGCAAGAGAAAUUGUUGGCGUUCUUUCGCGCCCAGAAAAGACGGAAUUCGGCUACACGAUCCUCCAAGGCCGUGACAAAUACCAAUGGCGUCGACGAUGUCGUCAAGACCAAUGAUGUAAUUACGCCAGGUAAAGCUAAAACCAAUAUUAUUGACAAUACAAAUGGCAACUAUCGAGGUGUGAGUGAGACCACGAAGAGGUCCGAGCCUCCCCCUUCGUUAUCGUUUAUCUCACCACCUUCUCGAAACGGAGUUUCGGCAUCCAAUGCAACCUUUGUCUCUGCUGACUGUACAGCAACGCCGUUGAAGAAGACGGAAUAUCCAGUAAUUCAUUCAACAGCGUGGCGACACCUUGUGUUCGAAGAAGCACCACCCAAUCUUAUAGAAGUCUCAAUAACUCUAUACUCCAGCGAACUCGAUCGACCUCUUUGGGAUUACGAUAAAUCUGGCGACAUGAAGAAGAAGUGCAUAUUAAUCGAUAGAAAUGAGCAGAGGAUCGAUCUUAAAGUCGAGAUGCAGUCUCUAAGUCAGUUUCAAGUUAACAAACGAGUGCGAACAUUGAUAGCGCGUGAGCUUCCGCAGAUCGAAAAGUGUCAUGCACGUCGUGUGCGUCAUGUUGUAAAGGAAACGCGAAAGCAGCUUUCAACUUAUUUUCGAGUAUAUAAAGGCUUACGAAGUGAGCAGUAUAGGCGUCCCCAGUGGUCGAAGAUCGCAGACCGACAUUCGUGGUCGGGCAGUUUUCCAAUUGAACAAAGAAUGGCAAAGCGAGAUAAGUUAGAUCCCACACAUACUGUCGAUCCAUACAACUGUUUAGUCGGAGAUGUACGGUAUUUUGUGCAUCAAAAUGGAUCGCCGAUUGAAUCUGUGGUGUACCCAGAAACUGUCACACAGCUAUCAAAUGAAAUCUCGGGUAUUCGUCGGUCUUUUACCAUGAUUGGUAUUCGAAAAAACGUGUUUGUUGAAGACGAUCCUGUUUUGAGAUAUGUGCCCUAUUUAGGCGAAAAUGAGCAGAUGGUCAUUGAUAAUGAUUUGUAUACCUCGACAACGAUGAGAAAAGAGCGUCGCGUCGCAGUAUUUGGGAGCGGAGAUGAGUUAAAAAUUCUGAAUUCAAGUGCGCGUGAUAAUGAGAUGCAAGAAAUGCUAUUGCGGAUAGUUGUAGGAAUCUGCGGGAUGUCCGAUCAAGUGUUUCUGGCACUUCAACUCGAAGCUAAAUUUGCUCGACCUCAGAUUGAUUAUCACGAGAUCAAAGAUAUUUAUGUAAAGGAACAGCAAACUGCAAGUCGGCUCGCGAAAGUGAGAGAAUUGUGUGCUGUAAAAUCCAGAACGAGCGAUAUUCUAAUCCAGGCAUGUCAAGCUUUAAGCAGACUAUCUCAACUAUGCUGGGUUUUUAAAAAAAAAACUAAAACGCCGUACUUAUCGAUCCGAUUGCAACCUCCAUUGUCAGUAUUCGAAUCCAAUUACGCUCAUGCUCUACACGCUUUAGGUUUGCGAGAUCGUAAGACGUAUGAAGGAGUAGCAGAAUGGUAUCGAGAUCUUUUUUGUCGACGUUGCUUCACCUAUGAUUGUUCCGAGCAUGGAAUCCAGAAUCCACAACGAAGUAUUCGAGCGGAUCCAGUUUAUCCAAUGUUGAGGGUAUCAAGUGUUCAGCUGACAAGACAAGAGGUCAAAGUCCAAGAAAAUGGAUUAGAGAACUGCUCAAGCUCGUCAACAUCGUCAAAUAAUGUAGAUCCAAUUGAAGUUAGCACGUCAUCGUCCGAAGAUGAAGUCAAAGCCUCUGAAUCGCAACCUGCUACCAAAAAUCCCAAAUACCGACGUUCCAGACGCACGCAUACCCGAAUCAGCUCAUUAGCAACAAAUAGAUUGGUAACGCAAGAGAGACUAUUGGAAUCUGAGCGACUUGCUGAGCUGAAAAAGUGUCGAAAGCGACGUGAAAAGUUUGCGCGAUUGGCAGAUAAAUCGGAGUAUUUGGAUAAUUCAUACCUUCCUACAAUCACUAGUACGAUGAGAAUGCUGCUUUCGAGGACUGUUCCAUGCAGCUCUUCGUGCUGUAUUCUAUUCAGUGAAGGGAAAAGUUUAAAGCAAUCCGAUUCGUGGAGUCAAGUUGAUGCUGUUCUAGUUCGUAAGCUUGCAACUGCACUUGGAUUCAACGCUUGCAUAAUUGCUGCAGUUUUAAGGACCCCAAGCUGCACGUGUGCACAGAUUGAAACAUUUUUAGUGCAAGAAAAGAGACGACGAGAUAGUGGCGAUUUUUCCAAUCUAGAAGAAGGCUUCCCCCGACAACGGAAGAGACGACGACAGAGCCUAGGCACUGCCUCUAAUCGCUUUCUUGCUAAAAAGACGCUCGAUCGAGAAACGAAACUAAGCUACAAACCAUGCGAUCACGACGGUGAGUGUGGUGAAUCGUGUGGCUGUACGAAAAGAGGCCAUGCGUGCAAUCGUGCCUGUUCAUGUGGUCGAGAUUGUCCAAAUCGCUUUCAAGGAUGUAAGUGUUCUGUAAGUAAAUGUCAAACAUCUACUUGUCCGUGUUGGAGUGCUGGACGCGAAUGUGAUCCGGAUUAUUGCUUUACUUGUGGAGCCAGUGAUGUUGCCGUUACAGCUUUUUGCUCGGAAUUCAAUCAGCGAAAUGGUCACGAAAAUCUUUUACUUUGUCAAAACGUGAAUAUGUUGCGAGGAGGUAUUCAUAAAAAUGUCGGGGUUGCGUUUUCAGCGACUCAUGGAUGGGGUGCUUAUGCCUUAGAGCCCAUUCAAAAAGAUGAAUUUGUCUUGGAAUAUACCGGAGAACUUAUUACGGAUGAAGAAGCGGAACGUCGCGGUGCGAUUUACGAUCGAAAAUCCAUCAGUUAUCUCUUCGGCGUUAAUAGCGAAUAUGUUGUGGAUGCGGCGCGAAAAGGGAAUAAGGCGAAAUUUGCCAAUCAUAAGGCGAAAAACGUUGCGAAUUUGGAUGUUCGGAUCAUUGCGUCGAAUGGAGAACAUCGCAUUGGAUUAUUUGCAAAUGAAGCCAUUGAAGUUGGGGCCGAAUUGUUCUUUGAUUAUGGAUAUACGCACGAAACGGCACCAACGUGGAGUCAGCGUUUGAAACAGGGACCGGAGAAACGGAUCUAUGCGGUUGAAGAUGACGAGAAUGAAUGGGAACAAUGGGAAUAA